CAUCUUUGCCUCUUCGGCAAUCGGCGAUAUAAAUGGGUGCAUUCCCAAAUCCGAGCAGAAGCGAGAAAAUAAGGAAUCGAAUAUGGCUUCUUUGCCUCUACUCCGCCUCUCUCUCAACCCUUCUCCCCAAGCCCUAAAGAAACCCUACGUCUCUUCUCCAUUACUGGCCGUCCGAUUAUCCCGCCCUCUUAGAUCAACCGUGAGGGUCCCUCGCCCGAGACCUCAACUACCGGCAUCAAAGACGAUUUGUAUGUCCUAUCAGCCGGUUCCCGCCACCGAGAGGUUGAUCUCCUCCGUCGCCUACUUUCUCCCCUUCUUCAACGGCUUGCAGUACGGGCGCUACCUCUUCGCCAAAUACCCUGACUUAGGCCUUUUGUUCCAGCCGAUUUUCCCGUUGCUGAGCUUCUACAGGUCGAUCCCAUACGCGGGUUUCGUGGCGUUCUUCGCUUUGUAUCUGGGUGUGGUGAGGAACCCUAAUUUGAGCCGGUACGUGAGGUUCAACUCGAUGCAGGCUGUGGUGUUGGAUGUUUUGCUAGUUCUUCCAUUGCUUUUUCAGAGGAUUUUUAAUCCGAGCAAGGGAUUAGGGUUUAAAUUGGUGGUGAUGGGUUAUAAUGGGCUCUUUGUAUUCAUUGUUGCUUGCUUCUUGUAUAGCUUAGGGUUUUGUAUUCUUGGGAGGACUCCCUACCUUCCCUUUGUAGCUGAUGCUGCCGAUAGGCAGCUCUGAGCAAUCAAUCCAUCGUUAAUUUGAAAUGGGUAUUUCGAUUUUUGUAGAAUCAUAUUUUUUUUAUCAUUACGCUGUUGUUAAAUUAAUUGGUUUUCUCAGAA